AUGUUCGACAGUGCACCUUUCGCGACCCAUAUUGAUCAACGAUACGCGCACACCAAUAACGGGUGGAUAGACGAUAAUGACGAUUUCCCACCAUUCAUGGUACCUGUUACACCACCCGUAGCUCCCGUUGCAGCCCCUGUCUCAGUUCCUAUUGAUGUUCCUUUGCAUCCCGUACUUACCACAGAUAUCCACCGCACCGACUUACCUGUCACAUUUAUUCAGGACAUACCUCCACCACGUCCUGGGGAGGGUUCAUCCCGUCAGCCUUUUGGUCAUAUACCUUUCGUGUCAGGAGGAGACCAGUAUGUACCUCAGGUUUCUCAUCCUACUUUUGUUCCCCCUGUUACACCAUCUGCUGUACCAUCCUUCGCUCCAUCGAGUGAGUCGUUCCUCUGGACUUCGCCACCCAUUAUGCCACCAUCUGAUCCGUAUCACCCAUAUCACGUGGGUUAUUCUACAGAGGAUAUUCUCAGAUCUUUCAUGAUACAGCAGGAGGCGCUGACCCGUCGCGUGCAGGAGCUUGGGAGAGCUCAGCGACUCCCGUGCCAGUGCCAGACUCCGCCUGCAGUAUCACACCCUCCUCGUCCGUUAUCUCCCGAUUCUGCCACUCAUUUUUGGACUCCUGAGCAGCAGAUAGCAUACUUGUUGCGCUCUCAUCGCGCUAUGGAGGAGGAUUGGCUUCAUAUGCGCCAUUUGCUCUUUACUCAUUUUCCCCCUCCUCCACCGCCAUCAGCUUAG